AUGGCUACGGGAUUUCACAAAUUCGGCCAGCUACCGCCAGAGGUUCGGAAUUCCAUCUGGGAGCUCACCCUUCCGGAGCCACGGGUGCUCGACAUCUAUCCCGCAUCGACAAACCAAAAGACUCCAGCGAGGCAGGGCUUGCGUUUCGCAAACGAAAGCACUGAGCGACCGCCUGCCGCAUCGGCUGUGUGCCGAGAGUCUCGUUCCAUCAUACUAUAUCACUACAGGCCCCUGACUCUCAGCUCAGCGACCAAAUACGUCGACCUAUCGCGAGACAUUCUCCUCCUCGAAUCCUGCCUCCUUGAGAGAGAGCUCCACCGUACGCUGCUUUUCAUGAGCAAGAUCGCCCGGAUUCGCGAUGACAUCCGCAGUAUUGCUUUCGGAACAUCCUACAGUGCAAAUCUCGGUGGCAUUUGGCACCCAUCGUUGGGCCGGGAAGCACCGAAAGCACAGACCAAGAACAGCAUGACAAAGUUUCUGCAACGGCUGUCUGUGUUCCCCAAGCUGGAGAGAGUGAUCUUUGUGCUCUAUCAGGAAGCGCAGUAUGAAGUGAUGGAGCUGCCCCGGGCGGUUGAUGCGUGGGAUGGACACUUGAGCCAGAACGCAACAUUCUACUUGGCAGGGAAGAGGCCGCCACGAGCGAGGAACAUAUUCAGCAAAGCCGCCAGUGUGCCUCGUGAGAAUCCCAGCAACACCGAAAACGACGGAACUGAGCGAGCUGGACCGACCUCGUGCACGAUGCCCUGGACGCAAGAGAAACCCGCGUGGCCGCAUGUCAACGAAUUCAGGUACUACCCGCCAGGCCCCGAUGAAGUUCUCGAAGCGCAAAAGGCAGAUGAGAAGAACACGAACUGGUAUCGUGGGCCGUGGUCGUGCACGGUGGAAGACUUGAGGCGAUUCAGAAGGGACUGGACUCGAGCGGCGGACACUGCCGUAGAGGAAUUGCAUGGUGAUGGGCCAUCUCGACAAGGGUGCUGCAAGAAAAGAGGCCGGCUCCCGGAUGACGAAGAGCAAAGACCAUACAAAAGACAGAGCAGGCUGCCACCAACGGAACGGCUCAAGCUACCCACCAUGGAGACUGCGAGUCUGCUCUGGCGGUAUGCGUUACCGACUUCCGCAAAGCUCUGA